GUAAUUUGCGAAAGUUAGGAUAAUUUUUGUUACUAAAUAAAGUAUGGAAACUUGUCUGCGUUCAUCGGUAGAACUUAUCAACACUUCCACGAGGCUGUAGAAUGGUAAUGUGCCAAUUGGAUAAAACUUGUUCACUCACACGUAACUCGCUCCCUUCGAUCGAGCAUAUAAGUGCCGCGAAUGUUCAUCUUGUCAAAUGUAAAUUUUUAAUACUGUGACAGCAAAUUCGAUUGAUAUAGCACAUAUAUUCAUACACCAUGGGAAACCUUUCUUUAUUAUUACUUGGUGCAUGGGUGACGGCGGCUGGAGCAGCUACCACUCCCUCAACCUCAGGAGGUAUGCCUUGCCUCAGUCACCGUCCAAGUUCUCAGCAGCUGCAAUCUUUCGACAACCUCAUAUUCGCGCAAGAUUACAAAAAUAUCACAUCCAGCGUUGUUAUCGACACAUAUGUUCAUAUUGUUGCCUCUGACAACUCGGAGCGUGGUGGUUAUCUUUCAGCGCAGACUAUUGAGCAGCAAAUGAAAGUUUUAAGCGACGACUUUUCGUCCACGGGGUUCUCUUUUCGUCUCAUCGACACCGACUACACUAUAAAUAGUAACUGGGCAGCUGGCAAUGAUGACCUGGGUAUGAAGCAAAGCCUGCGCAAAGGUCAGUAUAGCACACUGAACCUCUACUACCUCGGAAACGUCGCAUCGAAAUUUUCUGGAUUUUGCACGUACCCCGUCCAAGUAAGUCGAGACCCAGCAACGUUUUAUAGGGACGGCUGCGUCCAAGGCGCUUGGACGGUGCCCGGUCGUGGAACCCGUUUUAGCUUGGGCCGCAUCACAACUCACGAAGUCGGUCACUGGUUGUUUCUUAUCCACACGUUUGAGGGUGGCUGCAAUGGCGGCGACCAAGUAGAUGAUACUCCUGCUGAAGCCUCUCCCGCUUCUGGUUGCCCAGAGGGCCGUGAUACCUGCUCAGCACCUGGUGUAGACCCAAUCCACAACCACAUGGAUUACACCGAUGACUCAUGCCGCACUGAGUUUACUAGGGGCCAGAUUACCCGCAUGCAGCGCUCCUGGGAAGCAUAUCGUCAGGGGAAAUAG